AUGGAGAAUAAUGCACCUGGGGCCUUGCUAAGUUCCCUCACUGCGUUUGAUCCAGACCUCCAUGAAAACCAGUAUCUAGUUUAUUUCAUCAUAGAAAAGGAGAUAGUGAACACCUCAAUGUCCAUGCUGUUCUCCAUCAAUCCGGAGAACGGUAAUCUUUACGCACUAAAGACGUUUGACUAUGAGAUAGAGAAGGAGUUCCUUUUCCACAUUGAGGCCAGAGACUCUGGUGUUCCUCCACUCAGCAGUAACGUGACUGUCCACAUCAUUAUUGUGGACCAGAACGACAACCCCCCGGUCAUAGUCUCUCCGUGGCGUGCACACGGCUCCAUGGUGGAGGAGAAGAUCCCCAGAUCCACCGAUAAAGGAUGCCUGGUCUCCAAAGUGAUAGCCAUAGACACAGACUCAGUCCAGAACUCUCGGAUUACAUACCAGUUUCUACAGGUUACUGACGCCACCUUAUUCAGUCUGGACCAAUACAACGGAGAGGUCCGUACUAUGAGAAUGUUCAGUUACAGAGAUCCGCGUCAUCAACGACUGGUUGUCAUCGCAAAGGACAAUGGGGACCCUGCUCUCUCUGCUACGGUUACCAUAAAGCUCUCAACAGUGGAGACUGCCGUUAAAGCCUACUCUGAUAUGACUGAAGUGCCUCUAGAAUUGACAUAUUUUCAGACUUAAACCUCUAUUUGGUGAUCGGCCUUGGCUCAGUGUCCUUUCUGUUAUUGAUCACCAUAUUGGUCACCUGUGUGCUGAAGUGUCAGAAACCAAAGCCCAGCAAAGCAGCUCCUCCCAGUAGGAACAGUGUGAUCAGCGAGAGGAACUCAACCAUCGCAGAUUCCACCCUGGUCUCCAACGAUGCCUACUGGUACAGUCUGUUUCUAGCGGAGACAAGGAAAGGAAAGCUGGUAGUCAGACAGCCUGUGCCUAAAGCGGGGUCCAGAUACAUUGUGUCCAGUAUACCAAGGAGCACGGGCCUGACAGAGACCAGUGACUCAGCGGCCUCUACUCUGCAGGUAAGAAUAAACUCUUCAUUUCAAAUCUGCAAAAUCUUGUUUUACUGGAGCCUACUGUCCGUGUUUGACUCUUUAUGCGUUCGCCUCGCGCGUAAAUGUAUAUCUAUCUGUACGUUCUUAAAAAUUCAAUGGAAGACACUAAUAAUGUCAUAACAUAAUAAUCAAUCAACAAUGUGUAGGUCUACAACAACUUUUAAAAGAUACAUACAGUAUCUCACAAAAGUGAGUACACCCCCUCACAUUUUGCUACAACGUAAAGUAGUUAGUGUACAGCUUGUAUAACAGUGUAAAUUUGCUGUCCCCUCAAAAUAACUAAACACACAGCCAUUAAUGUCUAAACCGCUCGCAACAAAAGUGAGUACACCCCUAAGUGAAAAUGUCCAAAUUGGGCCCAAAGUGUCAAUAUUUUGUGUGGCCACCAUCAUUUUCCAGCUCUGCCUUAACCCUCUUGGGCAUGGAGUUCACCAGAGCUUCACAGGUUGCCACUGGAGUCCUCUUCCACUCCUCCAUGACGACACCACGGAGCUGGUGGAUGUUAGAGACCUUGCACUCCUCCACCUUCCGUUUGAGGAUGCCCCACAGAUGCUCAAUAGGGUUUAGGUCUGGAGACAUGCUUGGCCAGUCCAUCACCUUUACCCUCAGCUUCUUUAGCAAGGCAGUGGUCAUCUUGGAGGUGUGUUUGGGGUCGUUAUCAUGUUGGAAUACUGCCCUGCGGCCCAGUCUCCAAAGGAAGGGGAUCAUGCUCUGCUUCAGUAUGUCACAGUACAUGUUGGCAUUCAUGGUUCCCUCAAUGAACUGUAGCUCCCCAGUGCCGGCAGUACUCAUGCAGCCCCAGACCAUGACACUCCCACCACCAUGCUUGACUGUAGGCAAGACACACUUGUCUUUGUACUCCUCACCUGGUUACCGCCACACACGCUUGACACCAUCUGAACCAAAUAAGUUAAUCUUGAUCUCAUCAGACCACAGCACAUGGUUCCAGUAAUCCAUGUCCUUAGUCUGCUUGUCUUCAGCAAACUGUUUGCGGGCUUUCUUGUGCAUCAUCUUGAGAAGAGGCUUCCUUCUGGGACGACAGCCAUGCAGCACUGACAGGCUGACCCCCCACCCCUUCAACCUCUGCAGCAAUGCUGGCAGCACUCAUACGUCUAUUUCCCAAAGACAACCUCUGGAUAUGACGCUGAGCACAUGCACUCAACUCAACUUCUUUGGUCGACCAUGGCGAGGCCUGUUCUGAGUGGAACCUGUCCUGUUAAACCACUGUAUGGUCUUGGCCACCGUGCUGCAGCUCAGUUUCAGGGUCUUGGCAAUCUUCUUAUAGCCCAGGCCAUCUUUAUGUAGAGCAACAAUUCUUUUUUUCAGAUCCUCAGAGAGUUCUUUGCCAUGAGGUGCCAUGUUGAACUUCCAGUGACCAGUAUAAGGGAGUGUGAGAGCGAUGACACCAAAUUUAACACACCUGCUCCCCAUUCACACCUGAGACCUUGUAACACUAAAGAGUCACAUGACACCGGGGAGGGAAAAUGGCUAAUUGGGCCCAAUUUUGACAUUUUCACUUAGGGGUGUACUCACUUUUGUUGCCAGCAGUUUAGACAUUAAUGGCUGCGUGUUGAGUUAUUUUGAGGGGACAGCAAAUUUACACUGUUAUACAAGCUGUACACUCACUACUUUACAUUGUAGCAAAGUGUCAUUUCUUCAGUGUUGUCACAUGAAAAGAUAUACUCAAAUAUUUACAAAAAUGUGAGGGGUGUACUCACUUUUGUGAGAUACUGUAUAUGGGGUAAAACCACUUCAUCAUUCUAAUAAUGACUGGACAGCACGUAAUCCACUGGAGUUGGCAAAGCUGGGUAAAGCCAAAGAAAUGCCAUAUAGGCUACCUUAGUCAUUUUUCAUUAUUUACGUCGAUUAAAAUCUUGCAGCUAAUGAUGCUGCAAAUGUUUGGAUCCCUGUAUCUGGUUUUAGUUAUAUUUUUCAAAUAUAGUCCGCUUAAAUGCAAAGAGAAAUAUGUACAAGCUUGUUACAUGCACAAAGCGUCGCUGUUGACCAGCUAGCUAAACAGACUCGCUUGUCAUGCAAUGGUCGCCAUAACAGUACGUCAAAAGGAAGGCAGUGUAGCCUACAAACGCAGUGGACAGCUCCCGGUGCUGAAUACGGUCAAAAAGGACAUUAUUCGUCACUGCUCGCCCUUAAACGCCAAAGGAGUUGUGAUAUAUUAUUUAACAUAUUUUCUUCGGCUGGCUCACGUUGUUUUACCUGACUUCAUAGUAACCAGAACCUACAAAUAUAACAAUGGAGUCGCAUAUAAGCGCACAACACUGGGUAAGGUACGUCUCGAUCUUUCUUCUUUUUAGUGCCGUCCUGAACACUGCGUCUGCCGUGACUCACUAUUCUAUUCCCGAGGAAAUGGAGGAAGGUUCUGUGGUUGCUAAUUUAGCUGCUGAUUUGGGUCUGGAUGUAAAAACUCUGAGUAAAAGGAGGAUUCGAUUAGAUGUCAUAGCGAAUAAGAAAUAUCUGGAUGUGAACAAAGAAACAGGGCAGCUGCAUAUCGUAGAGAGGAUUGACAGAGAAUAUAUUUGCACUACUAAGACAUCUACAUCUUGUUUUCUAAAAAUGGAGGCUAUUGUUGAAAACCCACAGCGGAUAUUUUAUAUCGAAUUAGAGAUAAUGGACAUCAAUGAUAAUGCACCAAAUUUCCGAAGGGACACCAUAAACUUAGAUAUUUCUGAAGCAACGCAGGCCGGUGAAAGGUUCUCUGUCAAUAAUGCAGUGGACCUUGAUGUUGGGGCUAAUUCAGUGAAAACCUACCAUCUAAGUGACAGCGACCAUUUCAAUAUAGAAAUUCAGACCGGAAGAGAUGGGUCAAAGUUUGCUGAUUUGAUCCUGAAAAAGGCUUUAGAUCGAGAGCAGCAGGCGGUUCAUAAUCUAAUACUCACGGCUGUAGAUGGCGGGUUACCAACGCGCUCCGGGACAGCCAGCAUUACUGUUCGUGUGCUUGAUACGAACGACAACGCCCCUAAGUUUGACAAAGACAAUUACAAAAUCGAUUUAAUGGAAAACUCUCCAAUUGGAAGUCUUGUGGUUGAAUUGAAUGCAACAGACUUAGAUGAGGGUACCAAUUCGGAAAUAUUAUAUUCAUAUAGUUUGUAUACAUCAGAGAAAACACAACAAACAUUCGAUUUAAACCCUAAGAACGGUGAGAUCACGGUAAAGGAAAUGAUCAAUUACGAAGAUUUCAGGAUCUAUGAUAUGGAAGUCAUAGCAACUGACAAGGGGCCUAAUUCAUUAACAGGUCAAUGUAAAUUAACCAUUUUGGUCACAGAUAUGAAUGAUAAUCAUCCUGAAAUCUCCGUCAAAUCAUUUCAAAGUCCAGUCAAGGAGGAUAUAGCAGUAGACACGGUGAUAGCAGUAGUCAGUGUCAGCGAUAAAGAUUCAGGUGAAAAUGGGAUAGUUGAUAUUCGUAUUGCCGAUACAUUACCUUUUGUGCUGAGAGAGUCUUCUAAUAACUAUUACGAGUUAGUAGUUUCACAACCUCUGGACCGUGAGAAGGUCCCAGAAUAUGACAUCACUUUUACGGUAACAGACAGGGGAUCCCCUCCACUAUUUGACAAUGAAACUGUGACUUUAGAACUACUAGACGUUAACGACAACGUCCCACAGUUUCCCCAGUCGUUCUACACUAUACCCGUUAUGGAGAAUAACGCACCUGGGGCCUUGCUAAGUUCCCUCACUGCGUUUGAUCCAGACCUCCAUGAAAACCAGUAUCUAG